CCGACAAACUACCUCUCCUUCUUCCUGAUCUAUUCCCUUCAUAAACUUUCCCUCUCCAAAGCUAUGCAUAUUUCCGUCUCAACCCCACCGAAAGAAGGAAGAAGGAAAAAAAAAAAUGCAGCUCUGCGAGAGCCUAACCCGUUCCCCGAAUAUGCUCCCUCGAAAGCGCAUCGUCUCUCACCCCCAGCCUCGACUCCUUGCUCCGCGAGGCUUCCUCCGCCACAUCCACCAGUCAGCUUGCUCCCUCAGGCCGAACCUCCUGAAGGGUCAUCGGAUCGCCGCCUGCAUUGGCCUCAGCAGGGAUGCAGCUCCUGUUCUUGAGCUCGAGGUUGAGGACGAGACCAUCGUGGUGGUUGCAGAGGAGGAGUUAAGGGAGCAGCUGUCCAAGCAGGGCCUGUGGAAUCAGAUGAAGAAGGUUGCCAAGUUUGCAGGGCCUGCCACAGGGCUGUGGGUCUGCGGGCCGCUCAUGAGCCUCAUCGACACAGCAGUCAUUGGCCGGGGAAGCUCCCUGGAGCUCGCUGCUCUCGGUCCGGGAACGGUUAUCUGCGACUACAUGGGCUACUGGUUUAUGUUCCUUUCAAUUGCAACUUCCAAUAUGGUCGCCACUUCCCUUGCCGGACAGGACAAGAAUAAGGUGCAGUAUCAAAUUUCAGUGUUACUGUUCAUCGGGUUAGCUUGUGGUUUCUUGAUGCUUUUCUUCACCAAAUUCUUUGGUUCAUGGGCACUAACAGCUUUUGUCGGUCCAAAAAAUCUGCAUAUCGUCCCUGCAGCAAACACAUACAUUCAGAUUCGAGGCUUAGCAUGGCCCGCUGUCAUGCUUGGAUGUAUUGCUCAAAGUGCGAGUCUCGGCAUGAAAGAUUCAUGGGGCCCUUUGAAGGCACUUGCUGUUGCCACUGCUGUAAACGGCAUCGGAGACGUAGUCCUCUGCAGUGUACUACAUUUUGGCAUAGCUGGUGCAGCAUGGGCGACAACGGUCUCACAGGUUGUUGCAGCUUACAUGAUGAUUGCGUCUCUGAAGGAUAAAGGAUAUAAUGCAUUUGCUCUCUCUGUACCAUCGACCAGUGAACUAUUUUUGAUACUCGGGAUUGCUGCUCCUUUCUUCAUAACAAAGACAUCGAGGGUGGCCUUUUAUGCACUUCUCAUAUACUUUGCCACGUCUAUGGGCACAGUCAGUGCAGCUGCUCACCAGGUCAUGAUUCAAACCUACGGCAUGGGUACAGUGUGGGGUGAGCCUCUAUCUCAGACUGCACAAUCUUUUAUGCCUGAGUUAAUUUACGGGGUAAACCGGAGUCCAGUGAAGGCUCGGGCAUUGUUGAAGUCUUUGUUCAUCGUCGGACUUAUACUUGGACUCAUGAUAGCAAGCAUCGGAGCAGUUUUUCCAUGGUGGUUCCCCAACAUCUUCACGAGUGAUCCCGCAGUCACUCAAGAGAUGCAUAAGGUUCUGAUCCCGUUCUUCAUCGCAUUAUCUGUGACACCCCCAACACAGAGCCUAGAGGGAACACUGCUGGCAGGAAGAGAUCUCAAGUUUAUCUGUGCUUCAAUGAGUGGAUGCUUCACUUUGGGUGCUCUUCUACUACUGUUUGUGAGCAGUAAAGGGCUCGGCCUGACCGGCUGUUGGUUUGCUCUCUCUGCAUUUCAAUGGGCCCGAUUUUGGCUUGCUCUCCGGCGCCUGGCUUCUCCCAAUAGCAUCCUAUACGCAGAGGAUCUGCGCAGCUACAAAGUCAAGUAGCUCAAAACCGCUUUUAGUUCCUGAUUGCAGCAUCGAUGCUUGGGCGGGACUUUGCAGCGUCAAACUUUUGUGGGCAAUUAAGCGAGGUCUCUCAUGCUCUUGAGGGAAAAUGUGGCGGAUGGAUUCAUGCUCUUGGAUUCUUUCCAUCCGAUAUUAAUGAAUCCUCAAGAUCUGAUUAUAUUCCUAGCAAAGGAACUUUCCUAGUUGAAUUAAGAUGGAUCACUGAUGGUCGUUGAUGUAAUAUUGUAAUGUUAUCCUUCAAAGUGUGGCUUCUGCGGAUCAAGACAAUCAAACACUCUUCGAGAGACACCAUGUCAUCAUUGCUGCAGGGCCAAGGAUGGGCGCUCUACUUGAUUUUAGUAUACGAAUCAGCGGAGGAAUUCAUAAUCAGAAGAGAUUCAUCAAGUCAGAUGUCGGUGUCUUCUACUCCGUCC